CCAUGCCAUGGUGCCACCACUCUUUCCAACUCAGACGCUGCGUAUUACUACUACUGGUAUUAACAGUUCAAGGAAAACCACGUGUCAUGUACAGCAAGGCAGGCAUGUGGACCGUUGAUUCAAUGAAUCUUGAUCGCGAGCUGGUAGCAGCAUCUCAUCGAUACCGGAACUGUGGAGACAUUAGCGCCAAAGCGAUCGUUCUAAGUAGGCCUUUUUUAUCUCGUGGCAAAUCAGGGUGCAAUACAAGAACGAGGUGUAAGAAACAUCUGGUUGAGAGUUAACUGCUGCGCAUGAUGGUGGACACAUGUGCUUUCGAGCGGACUCACUGGACACAAUGAAG